UUUUGACCGACAGUAAUUGGAUUCAUUCCUCGACAUGCUGUUCAAUGUCUACCAACAAUAUCGAACUCUUUCUCUAAGUUUUAUUAUAUGGAAAAAUGACAAUUCCUAAGCAAGGAAUUGCUGAGCUACUAGUCAAAAAUAGCUAGAAUUGGUCACAGCUCCAGCAUACGCAGGGUUUGACAGCAGAAUGUUUGUAAUUUCCAAAAAGAACGGAGGAUGCCGUGCUGUAUUCAGGCUAAAAGCCCUAAACAUCUUCGUUUGUUGCCCUCGCUUCAAAUUGGAAAAUACAGCUGAUCAAGCUAAUAAAUAUGGAGAACAUUCGCAACCGCUUCGCAGGACAAGGAUACUGCAACGCAACCAUAGGACACUUGGUCAAGACAGUAGAAGCGCUAACUGGUUUAAAAUUGCCAUAUCGACGAGCAAGUUAACAAUUAUGCAACGAGCCACCCGAUAGUCGUACCUUUAAUGAACCAGAUGAUCACAUAUUACUUUCUACUUUUAUGUUCCACUGUUUUCAAAGACCUUGAUAAUUCUCGUUAAGUCUUUUAUGGCUCUUACUUCUCCAAGUAUUCGGACAUUGCUCCUAAUUAAAAGUCUAAGGCAAACAAAUAUUCAC